AUGCCUUUUGUUGGUGAGGACGAUAUAGAAGUUCAAUUGAUAUGCUAUAACUUUCUUAAUGUAAAAGCUGGUAUGGUAAGGAAAUUACAAGAAAUGCUACAUACUCAUAAUGUAUACGUAAGAGAGUUAAAGAUAUCCCUAGACGAAGUAUCUGCAACGCUGAAUACAUUUGAAGUUGUUAGAAAUGCUGCAAGAAACACUAAAAAUGGUUACAGCGGACGGUAUAAUCAACUUACGUCAAAUGGGGAUGCUUCAGUUAUUGUUGGACAGCAAUUAUCUAAGCGGGAUAUUGUAAUCGAGAGUAAUGAUAAAUACGUAAUUACGAUGUCUCAAUACAACACACAAGAUAUAAUAUCUAUAAAAGAAUGGCUUGAUAAAGAAUCAUACCUGCCAAAUGAUCUUGAUGAUUUCUUGCUGGAGAAAUUCCUUCAUAGCUGCUAUGGUAGCUUGGAACGUACAAAGAAAUGCAUAGAAAAGUUCUGCACCACGCGUAGUGUUAUGUCAGAGGUUUACACGUCGAGAGACCCCAUAUCGGAAAAUAUCAAGACUGCAUUCUCCAUUACAAACGUAACAACUUACGAGGCAGGCGAUCAUGAAAUCCUAAUCCACCAACUUGAAGACCCGACUCUCGAAAGAUUUCAAUUCUACGAUGUUUUGAAAAGUUUCACGCUACAGGCUGAUGUAUGGAUCAAGACUCAAAAAUUUCUACCUGAGGGUCAUAUUAUAGUUUUAGAUAUACAGAAUUACUCGUUGCGUAUAGUUCCAAAGGUUAACGUUUUCUUUUUCAGAGACUUUCUACUAUAUCUAUUGGAAGGAAUGCCUGUACGUGUCAAACAAAUUUACGUAAUAAAUACGCCCUAUUUUUAUGAUAAGCUAUAUGCACUGGUCAAACCUGCUUUGCCUACAGAUAUUUGUAAUAUGAUAAAAUUUUUACCGGACUGCGAGAGUCUACAUCAAUGGAUAGAUAAAAAAUAUUUACCAAUUGAGUAUGGAGGUGAAGCACCUAGUAUGAAGAAACAGCAAAAAGACUGGGUCAGCAUAAUUCAAGCGCAAAGAGAUAUGUUCCUAAACGAAAACAUGUGGAAAGCAGAUUUAAAGAAAAAACCGAAGACAAAUGAGUUGAAUUCAAUGAAUGGAUCCUUCAAAACAUUGUGUAUAGAUUAA